AUGAAUUCUAGAAUCACCAGAUCUUCGGCUCGUCAAGCAGCGAGUCAGGCAGCCCAAACCAACGCUAUUGCUCCUGCCGCUGCUGACGUCCCGACCACCGCAACCUCAACCACCCCAGCCUCACGAAAGCGCAAAGGUCUCGCUACUGAGAAGAGCCCGAGUAACGCCUUAACAUCUGGAUCUUCAGGUCGACGGUCCAAGAGACAAAAGAUCCCCGAAGCCGUUUCACCCUCCACCAAUAACAAAAAUCACCAACCUGCACCUAGAGCUAGGCGAAAGGCAAAGCCCACUGAAGAGAUGGACAGCCCAGACAACGAGAGACCUGGGUCUGCGAAUCCUGCAGAAUCAUCUAUUCCAUCCGGCUCCUCUAGCCGAAAAUCCAGCCGCUCCAAGAAGCCCACUGGAUCUACACAAGAGUCAGUACAAGGCUCGACCCUAACCACACGGAGAUCGAAGCGAAACCUCGACAGCGCCGUUGACCAAGAUACACCAAUGACGGGUACCGACGAAAACAAGGACCCAGGACCACCGCCGCCUCCUCCCCCACCCAUCGACCAACAUCGCGACGACGAUAGUGAAGACAAUGACGAUGAUGACGAUGAGGAAGGGUCACGAAGAUACGAUGACGAUGACGACGACGACGAUGAUGACGAUCCUUUCGGCGGGUUUGGUGGCCCUCCAGGCAGUCUGUCUAGCACUUUGAGAGCACUGACGGGGAUGAUGUCCGGCCUUACAUCACGGUUCAGAGAACUCCUUAACAGCCUACGAUCAAACGACCUCUCGGAGCAACUGAUAGCUCUGCAGGAGCUCUCAGAAAUUCUUCUGGUUUCGAACGAAGAGAAUCUCUCUGGCCAUUUCUCUCCUGAUGCCUUCGUUAAGGAACUAGUUACGCUCAUGAACAAGGAAGAAAGCCCCGAGAUCAUGCUACUCGCUUGUCGGUCUUUGGCAAACUUAAUGGAGGCGUUGCCCGCCAGCGUUGCGAACGUCGUCUAUGGGAACGCCGUCCCAGUACUGUGCCAAAAGCUCCUCGAAAUAUCUUUUAUCGAUCUGGCCGAACAGGCCCUUAGCACCCUGGAGAAGAUUUCUGUUGAGUAUCCUACGAGCAUUGUUCGCGAGGGAGGUCUUACUGCGUGCCUUUCGUACCUCGAUUUCUUUGCUACAGGCACUCAACGAACUGCUGUCACCACCGCCGCCAACUGCUGUCGCAACAUUCCCGACGACUCAUUCCCAGUUGUACGGGAUGUUAUGCCUACACUUCUUAACGUUCUCAACAGCAAUGACCAGCGUGUUGUCGAACAAGCCUCGCUUUGCGUGUCAGGUAUAGUAGAGAGCUUCAAGUAUCAUCCUCAUAAGCUGGAAGAACUUGUUAGUGUGGAUCUUCUUCGCGGCGUACUCAGACUUCUUGUUCCUGGUACGACCAACAUGAUUAGCUCUAGCAUCCACACUCAGUUCCUCCGAGUUUUGGCUUUCACCGCACGAGCGAGCCCUCGGCUUUCAGCCGAGCUCUUCAAGCUUAACGUCGUGGAGACAUUGUACCAGAUUCUCACAGGAGUGUCACCACCAAGCGGCACUGAGGAUGUUGCCUCAAAGUUGGACAGUGUUGUAAUCAUGCAGGCCCUUAUUCAUCGACCCCGAGAGCAAAUCAUCGAGACCCUCAAUGUCAUCUGCGAACUGCUUCCCAACCUGCCACGCAAUGCCGACCCGUCGUUCGGGGAUUUCGUCGAGCUUAUCGCCUCUACAGAACCGCCACACCCAGCAUCUGGCGGAGGAAGAAACCGCAGGACUACAAACGAGAAGCGUAUCGAGCUUCUGGAAGACUGCAAAGACGAAGUCCGCCGCUUCGCUCUUAUCAUUUUCCCUACUCUGACGGACGCCUUUUCCAGUACGGUUAACUUGAGCGUCCGCCAAAAAGUGCUCACAGCACAGCUGAAAAUGCUCUCCAACCUGGACGAGGACAUCCUGGUCGAGGCGUUGACUCCUGUUCCCUACGCCUCUUUUCUGGCAUCUAUUCUUUCACAACAAGAUCACGCAUCUCUCGUCAUGCUCGGACUCCAGGCUGCAGAGCUCUUGCUUAGCCGACUAGACAAGAUUUAUCGCUACCAAUUCUACCGCGAAGGCGUCUUCCUAGAAAUCACCAAGAUCGCUGAAGAAGAGGACCCUGUUGAAGAGAAGCCGGACAAGAGCGCAAAGCCAGAGAGCGAGGAUGAACGAACAGCGGAUCAAGAGAACGAACAUUCUUCAGAACAAGAAUCUGGGCAUGACAAGGACGAUGAUGACGAGGACGAUGAUGACGAGGAACGCGAAUCAUCUGACGAUGAUGAGGACGACGAUGAAGAAAACGAUAAUGAAAAUGGCGAGGCGAACAACGACGAUAUGUCCCCGGUUAGCUCCCGAGGAUCUACUGUGUCUCUCGAGGUUCCCCUCGGCCGAUUCAUCUCUGAUGUUCGCUCUAUGAAGUCCCGAACGCGAGACGUUGCCAAGAAAUUCCUCGAGACCCACGAAACUGAGGGUCACGGUCAAGCGAUGAAGGCUAAGGCUACAACAAUUCUUGAUGCUCUUUCAGAAUUGGCCGGUGAGCUUGAAACCUUCUAUCUCAAACGAUCAGCUGGAAGUGUUUCAGCAGAUAAAGGAAAGGAACUUUUUACAACACUUGCGUCACACUUUGAUACAGACGUCCUAGAGAGUGUCACGAGCGCAGAACUUCUCUCGUCAGGUCUCGUCCGAGUUCUCCUCGAGAUCUUCAGCAAUCCUGACGAGGAGCUUGCUCGCGCCGCUCAGUCGACGUUCUUGGAAGUCUUCAUGGCUUAUACAGUGAAGUCGAAGCCAAAAACAGCGACUGCAGAGUCUCCAGCAACCCCCUUCAGUGUCAUGAUCCACAAACUUCAGGACUUGCUCAGUAGGUCGGAGCACUUUGAGGUUAUCACGGUGCAUCACAACACAUUUGAUGGCAACCACAGUAGCCCUGCGUCUAUGCUAGGCAAACAAAUUAGACUUCGUCUCGUUGCUGAUGACGAACUGGAGAUCCCUAAACCGUACCGAAAUAUUAUGGUAUCGAUCCAUGCUAUUGCAACCUUCAAAUCCCUAGACGACUACUUGCGGCCCCGAAUCAGUAUCACCGAGAGGCCCCGUGGUGCCUCCCGUCGAGACGGAGUUGCUAGAGCGCUUGCAGCAAUGGCCAGUUCCGCUGGUCUUGCCGGAAUUCCUCUUAGCAGUGCGGCAGCAGCCCGCCUAGCGGCAGCCGACGGAAGUCUAUUCUCAGGUGGCCCUCCAGUACCCCCGCCUCCUGCUGCUCCAACACCGUCAGGUUCCCGACCUACCCGCAAGUCGAAGUCACAGGCCGCUCCUGCUACACCAGACCAGUCUGCUGGGCCGUCUCGAGAUAAAAGCGCACUUCGCCGAUCCUCGCGACGGCAUGGUGCGGCAAGCACACCCCCAGCUCCUCGGCCUCCGCCAACUGACGACGACGAGAUGCAGGACACACUAGAGUGUGCUGAUGAGAAGCAAUUAACCGACGAUGAAGACGUAGGAGAGAGUAGUGCACUGGACGCCAUUGUUGGGGAGCUUGAAGAGGAUAUGGAAACGGAGUCGACUCCUGGUGACACAUCUGCUGUAAACAUGGAGGUAGCUACGGGCGGACAUGUGACAGCACGCAAAGAAGACGGCACUCGCAUCGCGACCCCGACCGGAUCUGGUGCACCUACUCGUGGUGGACCCCCUCCAGCUGGAGGUCACAGCACACCUACUCCGGCAGCGUCAUCGUCAAGGGCCAUGUCUUAUGCUUCUGCUCUUCAGGCUGUGCCCCAAGACUGGCAUAUUGAAUUCAGUCUUGAUGGCAAGCUGAUUCCUAACGAAACUACCAUUUAUCGCGCUGUGCACACUUCAGCGUCCAACUCGGAUGAGCAUCUCGGCCGAAAUAUCUGGUCGACUAUCCAUCCCAUCAAGUUCAAACGGGUCCCUGGACCGCCACCGGCAGAAACUCUUUCGUUUACUUCCAAUUCCGAGGCUGACGGCGAGGAUGAGCACGGAAUUCCUGCGUCGCUCGCAAAGCACCCUACAACUUCAUCAAUCCUACGACUGCUGAACAUUCUUCAUGAUCUCAACUCCAACAUCGAAGACGUUCUGGUCGAGAAGAAGAACAGCAUCAUCGGCCUCAAUGUUGAGCCACUGUCUCAAUUCGUCAACACGAAGCUUACCGCAAAGCUGAACCGACAGUUAGAGGAGCCCUUGAUUGUUGCUAGUAAUUGUCUUCCUAGCUGGGCGGAGGAUCUUGCUCGUUUGUACCCAUUCCUCUUCCCAUUUGAAACUCGACAUCUCUUCCUGCAGUCUACAUCCUUCGGCUAUGCCAGAUCGAUGACCAGGUGGCAGAGCACCCAAUCAGCAGAGGAGAACCGAAGAGAUCGAAACAAUGAGAGACCAUUCCUUGGCCGACUUCAGCGACAGAAAGUCAGGAUCUCUCGUCAAAAGAUCUUGGAAUCAGCUUUGAAGGUUAUGGAGCUUUAUGGUGCUGCGCAAAGUAUCUUGGAGGUUGAGUACUUUGAGGAGGUGGGCACCGGUCUCGGCCCUACGCUGGAAUUCUACUCGACGGUGUCACGAGAAUUCUCGAAAAAGAAGCUCAAGCUAUGGCGCGAGGUUGACACAAAUGAUUCUGACGAGUUCGUGUCCGGGGCCACCGGGCUCUUCCCCAGACCUCAGAGUGACGAAGAAGCUGGAACACCCAAUGGAGAGCGAAUUCUACAUCUGUUCAAGAUGCUUGGAAAGUUUGUUGCGCGGUCUAUGAUCGACUCGCGAAUCAUUGACCUUCACUUCAAUCCUAUUUUCUUCAGGAUUGGAGAUGCCGUGUCUGGAGUAAAGCCGUCCUUGGGAGCCGUCAGAAUGGUUGACCCGGGCCUGGCCCGGUCGCUGAAAGCCAUCAAGCAGUUUUCUUUGGCUAAAAAGGAGAUCGACGAAGACCCCAGCCGCACUCCCGCACAAAAGGUCGCUGAUACAGAGAACAUCACCAUCGAUGGUGUUAAGCUUGACGACCUGUGCCUCGACUUCACCCUGCCAGGGUAUCCGAACAUCCAACUCGAGGACAACGGCUCACAGAAACGAGUCACUAUCGACAAUGUUGAUGCCUACCUAGACAAGGUCAUAGAUAUGACUCUCGGUUCCGGUGUUCGUCGUCAAGUCGAUGCUUUCCGUGCUGGGUUCUCACAAGUCUUCCCUUACUCGGCACUGAGUGCUUUCACCCCAGAUGAGCUUGUCACCCUGUUUGGACGCGUCGACGAAGACUGGUCUAUUGAAACUCUACUUGAUUCUAUCAAGGCCGAUCACGGCUACAACAUGGACAGCAAGACUGUGAAGAAUUUGCUCCAGACUAUGAGUGGAUUCAACCCAUCAGAACGCCGAGAUUUCCUACAAUUCAUAACUGGAAGUCCCAAGCUUCCGAUCGGAGGCUUCAAAUCAUUGACACCAAUGUUCACUGUCGUCUGCAAACCCAGUGAAGACCCAUAUACGUCCGAUGACUACUUGCCUAGUGUCAUGACGUGUGUCAACUAUCUGAAGCUCCCAGAUUACUCUACUAUUGAGACCAUGAAGAAGCAACUCUUUACAGCUGUCAAGGAAGGCCAGGGAGCUUUCCAUCUAUCCUAG